UUCUUCGCCUAAUUAUUAGUUUAAUCACACCAUGGAGCUUUCGUCGCCGAUUGAAGAUGCAGCCCUGGUUGACGCCCAUCUGCUGAAGGGAUGCUGCUUAGAAGCGGACAGGUCGGAUAGUGUCUGGCUGCGGCUCGAAGGCCUGUUCAUCGCCUUGCCAGAAGCGAACCGACGGCACCUGAGGCCGCUCAUCGACGAGAUCAGGACCUCGAGCUUGCUUUUACGAGAGCUGGCCGACCUCUCCCAAGUUCACCAAGACCGUGUGCCGCUGGUUCUGGAUCCUCUCAACACCGUGUUGCCCUGCAUGUCUCGAUCUCUGCGGGACAUCACCACACACUAUGAGAACCGAAAGUUGACCAAAGUCAACCGAUGGCGAACAAUGUUCCAUGAAAUGACCAACGAGGUCGGCGGCUUGCAACUACCGCAGCGAUUCGUCGUCUACAACCAUUAUCUCUCUGCCAUCCGGGAUUUGCUCUCCAGGUCACCCAACUUUGACCUCAACAUGAUGGAAGCUUUCCGCCUCCAGAUUAUGAAUCUGCGAGAAGCCAGAGGAAUCCCUCCGCCCCCCAUCCAGGCCGGUCCUUUGGUUCGUUACGGCACCAUACCGCCUGCAGACUCGGACCCGUCCGUUCACUGGUCCGAGCAGAUAUUUUCCCUGCCAUUGCCAUCUCGCUCACCUUUGAAGAGCCAGCUCCCAUCGGAGUCCUUUGGACCGCAUCGGCCGUGGGGUCACCUCAGCAUCCCUCAUAACUCAAAAGUCUUGUUUAGACGGCCCAUUGAUGACGACAAGAUUUCCCUUAUCGCCUACUCUGAUGGACGGGAUGGCUCGCCAUAUCUGCUCCUUCGAACUUUCUACAUGGGUGGACCAUGGUUCUCGCUUCGCGGCGUCCACGAGCUGUGCAUCCAGCGUGAGAAUGACGCCAUCCUAUUCAAGAGAUGGAGCCGCUCCGAAAACUGUUCCAAGCUCUGGGCAACAUUGCGCUUCCAGACGUGGGAAGAGCUCACCCUCAUGUACUGCACGUUUCUAGCCCUCAAGUCCCGCAACACCUUGACAGUCCAGCUGGGAACCAAGGAAUACGCCCUCAAGGGUGAAAAGAAGCUCUUUCAAGCGUGUAUUUUGGACGACGGAUUCAAGCACUCCCUCAUCGUUUACGAAGACAAGUAUACAGGCGGCCGCCGCAUCCACGUCGCCGUUUGGGAGGGCGAGCUGCGCCAAUGCCCUGUCUGGACAGCCUUUAUGACCCAUCAAUCUGCGUCGCCCACCUGGCUCAAGCGCGUCAGCCGCAAAAGAAUCCGCCUGGCCGACGUCCAGCUAUACGUUUUCUGCCAGCAGUACAGACAGCAGUCGCAGCGCAAAGGCACGGGAGGAUCCUUUGAGAUUCAGUUUUACAGCGAAGAAGGUAUGUAG